GCCCCCCUCAGGCGGCCAUGGCGCUGUUCGCGGUCAGCAGGUACGUCGGAGAGGAGGAGGAGGAGGAGGAUGCGAACCACGAGGCGCAGGAGGAGCGGGCUCGGACCCUGCUGGAGCGGCUCCGCGAGCAGGCGAAGGCCCGGCAGCUGACCCGGCAGCGGGAGCUCGGCGGAGCGGGACCGGAGGAUGGAGCCGCGGAGGGGAAGAGAAACGUAGAAGGUGCCGCGCAGGGCCGGGAAGGGCUGAGGAAGGAAUGCGAGGGCGGCAGUGCGGUACUGAAGAGGAAGAGAGAGAGAGAGCCGGGCCCUGCGGCAGAUUCUGAAGGAGACACCGAACAGCGGGAAGACAGGAGCAACCUUAAAAAAAAAUCCUCUAAAAGGAAAAAGAGGGAUGAGGGAACUGAAGGGGCUGAUGCGAGGAAGAAAGAGAGCAGUGAAGGAGCUGAAGGAAACCAAAGCGCAGAGGAGGAGCUGCCCUCGGCAGCCUUGGGGGAAGAAGCACAACCACCACCUUCCAGCCUGGCAGUUCUUGGAGAUUAUGAUAAAAAGCCUGUGCAGAAGGUACAGCCCUUCUUGCCACACUGGCUUGCUCAACCCAAGCUAGUACAAAAACGUAUUAAAGAGAAUCUAAUUCCAAUCAGAGAUGUCCCAGGAAUUCACCCCAAGCUGUUGAAAAAGCUGCAAAUGAAUGGAAUAGAGUCCUUUUUUCCAGUUCAGGCAGAGGUGAUACCUGCUGUUCUGCAGAGUGCAUCCAAUGGGUAUUUGAUGGGGCAGGGAGGAUACCGCCCCAGGGACAUCUGUGUCUCAGCACCCACUGGCAGUGGAAAAACCCUGUCUUUUGUCAUCCCAAUAGUGCAGGUUCUGCUGGAUAGGGUAGUUUGCCAAGUGCGAGCUCUGGUUGUUCUGCCCACCAAGGAACUGGCACAACAGGUGAGUAAAGUGUUCAACAUUUACACCGAUGGGACAGGUCUGAAGGUUGUAUUGAUUACUGGCCAGAAAUCUUUCGCAAAGGAGCAAGAAAUGCUCGUCCAGAAAAAGGUGACAGGCUACUGCAGCCUUGCUGAUAUUAUUGUGGCCACACCAGGGCGGCUCGCAGAUCACAUCAGCAAGACCCCAGGGUUCAGCCUGACGCAGCUUCGCUUCCUGAUCAUAGACGAAGCUGACCGUAUGAUUGAUGACAUGCACCAGAAUUGGCUGAACCAAGUUGUCAAAGCUGCAUUCCAAGCAGAAAAUGAAGCUGGUUCCAGUACACUUUUUCAGAGGACCAAACCAGGGCCUGUAACAGCAGCUGGCUGCUGUUACCCUCAGAUACCCUUACAGAAACUGCUGUUUUCAGCUACGCUGACCCAGGACCCAGAGAAGCUGCAGCAGUUGGGCUUGUUUCAGCCUCGCCUCUUCACGUCUGUCUACUCUGAGAAAAAAACACUCAGAGAUGGAACAGAGACCGAACAGGAUUCUGAAGAGAAGUACACCCUGCCUGAGGGGCUGUCGCAAAGUUACGUGCCUUGUGACCUGAAUUCCAAGCCAUUGCUCCUCUUGCACUUCAUGCUGACAAAGAAGUUCACCCGUGUGUUGUGUUUUACCAACUCCAGAGAGGCUUCCCACAGAUUGUUCCUGCUUGUUCAAGCUUUUGGUGGAAUCACUGUGGCUGAGUUUUCUUCUCGGUUAGCUCCAAACGAGAGACAGAGAACCAUGAAGGAAUUUGAACAAGGAAAGAUACAACUGUUAAUCAGCACAGAUGCCACUGCUCGAGGGAUUGACAUUAAAGGAGUGAACUGUGUAAUAAACUAUGACACACCUCAGUUCAUCAGGACAUACAUUCACCGUGUUGGAAGAACAGCUCGUGCAGGGAAAGCAGGCUUAGCUUUCAGCAUGGUCCUCAGAAUCCAGGAACGCAGGUUUCGGCAGAUGUUGAAGGAUGCUGGCAUUCCAGACAUAAAGCAGCACUUGGUCAAGGGCAAGUCGUUAAAGCCAUUGGUGCAGCAAUAUGAGGAGGCUCUAUCUAAACUAGAGAGGACAGUCAAGGUCGAGCGAGCACAGAAAAGAGUCUGAAUGAACGCAGGCAGAGGUGGCUGUGCUUCAUGGCACGGAAGAUAACCAGCACAGUAACAAGGAGAUGUGGUUCCUGAGCUCGGUGCUCAUCUCCUCAAGCUUAUCUUGUCUAAAAUCAGCUGUUACAUGCCUCAUUCUCGUUUCGAGGACACAGGAAACAGGCUUAAUUUACUGGCUUUCAAGAAGCAAAUGCAAUUGUUUUCGAAGAGGAUUUUGCAUCAUUGCCCAACUGGCAUAUUGACAACUGCCUCCAGUGAACAGAAGAGCCAUGUCCACUUCUUGGUCACGGGUCUGAUGGAGCUGCUGGUCACCAGAUGUGUGGGUUGUGCCUUUUUUGCCUCUGAAAUUGGACAGCUCAGUUCUGCCAUGUUGUGCAAGGAGCUGCAUCCUCAUGAAAGCAUAGGAAUGCGUGCAGUGCAGUGCCUGGAGCAGAAUCCUUCGAAGAACCGUUGUAGAUUGAAUGAACUGCAACUUUUAAAUAAAUAGACAUCGUAUAUUUUAAAAAGAUUUUAUGUAUACUAUCCCAAAGUUUCUGAAAUACAGAGGUGAUGACAGUGGAUUUUGGGUUGUAUUGCUGUGUCUUUUUGUUAUUUCCUUGCCUGCAUUGUUUCCUUCCUAUCAGUACAAGGGGUAGCAGCAGCUGUGCUAAGUGUUACUGUUAAUGCAGACUAAAACAUCUCAUGUCUACUAUGAAUUUAAGAGC